UUUUGGAGCGCACACCUUCUGCUGAGUAUCCUGAUUUUUGAGAACUUUUUCUUCUUUGAUUUUAUCUGCUGAGUAUCCUUGUUUUUGAGAACUUUUUCUUCUUUGAUUUUAACCUGUUAGAGGAGACAAUGACUUCAACCGUUGAGAAAGAUCGUCGCAUUGUCUACUGCCUGAUUUGCCAGAAGCCACAGAACAUGCUGCCAGCCCACUUGUCCAGAGUGUGUUUGAAAAAUAGCACACCUGAACAAAGAUGUUCUGAGCUGAAAAGGGCAAAGGAGUCCAUGAAAAAUUGGACCCGCCAGGCAAGGAUAUGGGAAUACCUGGACAUGGUUAAGCGGUACCCAGACAAAACCUCUCGUCUUGCACUGGUGGCAGAUCUUCAAGAAAGGGGCUUUUUUGUAAGAAAUGCACCACAACCCGAAGACCUGGAUUCAAAUGUGGCAAAAGACCAACAACCCUCAUCCAGUUCAGUCAUAAAAUCUGAACCAAUGGAAGAGACUGCCAAUUUGGAAAACAACGAGGAUGCGGAUGAUCCAUCGUGGCAAAAGGAGCCAGCACAGCCACCAACGUCUAGUGUCCGAGAACGCACGAAUGAGAUGGGCUUGCAUAAAAAAUUCCCAGACCACAACAAAAUGCUGGUUGACUCACCUCUGGAGCCUCCAAAGAGCUUUGAAGAGUUCAUCUCUGUUUUUCCCAUUGCACUGAAUGGGCAACCACCUACCAAAAUUCAGCGGACUGAUGCAGGCUUUAAUGCAGAUCGCUGUUUUUAUGAUAAGUGGAGGGCCACUCAGUUUGCAAAACGGGAACGUUACAUGUUGUCUAAAUUUUACAGACAUCCUCCUACCGUCUCCAAGGUAACAAAGUUGAUCCAACGUGAGGGGUGGACAGCAAACUACCCACAGCCUGAAGAUAUUGUGGGCAAGUGGAAGCCGGCACCAAAAUGUCAACUGAAGGAGGACCCGAGGAUUUUAAAGAGGGUUGUGGAUCAGAAAUGGUCUGGGAUCGCUAUAAAAGAUUUUGAGGACAAACGAGGACAAGGAGUUGUUGCCACCAGACGAUUCGUGAGAGGAUCUGUCAUCUGCGAUUAUCACUGAGAGAUCAUUCCUGCAAAGCAAGGGAAGAAAAUGAUGCAGAACAUUACAGAUGACAUGGGAUAUCUUUUUUUCUUCUCAACACUGGCUAAUGAGAACCUGUGCAUUGAUGCACAGACAUUUCCCUGCAAAUGUCACCCUGACAUGCAAACGUUUGGGAGGAAAUUUAAUCAUUCAAGCAAAAACGCCAACAUGAAGCCAUGGCUCUGCUCUAUGAAGUUUCAAGAUGGAGAGAGACCUGUGAUUUUGCUCAUCGCCAAAAAAGACAUCGAAAUAAACGACGAACUGAAAUUUGACUAUGGUGUAAACCGGAAGUCGUUUCGGGGAGAAGGACUUGACUUGGAAUGGCUGGAUGAUUGAAGCGACAUAGUCAGCCUUUCACAAACGACCAAUAUGACUCAUGUAUGAAGAUCUUACCUGUAAAGAUAAAUGUGAUACUGCUGAAGAUUUGUUGUAUGAUUGUCAAUUAAUCUGUUGUUAUCAAAAUAAAAAUGGAGAGAACCAGUAAUGAGCAUUGAUCAUUUUGACUAUGGUUGCAAUUAUGGUAGUAACGUAAACCCUGAUAUUUACACCAAGCUCAAUCUCUUAGUGAGCAGGGAUAUUUUGAUAAAACAGCGGUUCUGUGUAUUUGUAG